AUGAGUCCAGUUCCUAAGGAUACUAUUGCCCGAGUGUUCCAAACUUGCUCAUUUAGUCAAGAUUCCACAAGAAUUACGGAGUCCACGUUGACCGUUAUAGAAGAAUACCUUGAGGUGUUUGUUCGUGAAGCAGUGCUACGAUCGAUCGAAAACAAAGAACGCUUGGGGGAGCAAGAAUCUAAUAGACUAAACAAUGAUUUAGUAUUGACUCACAAAGAUCUGGAAAGUGUUUCCGGGCUUCUGCUGUUAGAUAUGUGA